CUAGUCUAAAGUUUGCAGGUCUUGUUUGUCUGGUUUAGAUUCCCUGUCCCUUCUGGGGGAGCCCGAGGAGUUCCUGGAGCAGGAUGGCUACAUGAACGAGGAGGAAAUGAUUUCAGGAGAGGACGUGAUGUCAGAGGGCAUGAGCAGCGGUGGGCACCCAGGGAUGAAGAGGAGGCGGGUCUUCCGAUUCACCAGGGAGAGGCAGAGAGUCAAAGACGCUGCAGGGGUUCUGUUUCGCUACAAGAAGAUCCUGCUGACCUACCAGCGGCUGAAGAACAUGUCUAAGGCCUUCCAGAUCCACGGCGUAGACCGCAACACAGUGGCCUCCACCACGCCCAUCGCUGAGAUGCUGCUGGUGGCCCCGGAGAAGGUGGCGGAGGUGGGCGAGUUUGACCCGUCCAAGGAGAAGCUGCUGGAUUACGCACGGCGCUGCUACGUCGCCCUGGACGAGGAGACGCUCAGCAGGGUGCAGGCCCUGAAGAAGAACAACCUGCUACUACCCAUCUCCUACAGGUUGAAAGGAGGAGAGGAUUCUCUUAAAGAAAAGGAAACUCACGCGACCACAAACUGAACAAAGCAAAGAGUAGUUGCACACUAUUGCUCAGAUUCAAUUCUUUAGUAGAAUCAUUAGUGUUCUGUCAGAAAGCUUCCAGGUUCUGAAACAAAGGAAGUUAGCUAGCUGACUGACCACUGGUGUUGUGUCUGCACCAGAACAACAGAAUAAGCAGAUACUCUUUGCUUUGGAAGGAGGAUGGGGACAGUUUUGGGGACAGUUCUACUGUGAGGUUAAGCUGUUGUACCACAAAUACAUCACUUUUUUUGUUGCACCAGAAUAUAUUCUGUCACUGUAAAGUGCCACUGUAGCAUACAGUUGUGAGAUGUGUAAUUUGACUGAAGUGUGGUGUAGUGUAACAUCACGUACCCUUUGUACUGUGCUACGAAGAUUUGUUUUUACUAUAAUAGUAGUAUGAUUUACUGUGCUAUUUCACCAUCAGUUGAGAUUUGUGCUUUCUUUUUUCAGUCCUUUACUGCAAUACUUUGUUUGCUUGGGAAUAAUUUAUUACAAUUAGAUUGCAUACUAUUAGGUUUCUCUUUUUUGUGUUCCAAUAAGCUCAGUGAUUUCCACAAAAGGGACAAAAUACAAAAUGUUGAUUUUUAUUUGAACAUCUCUAUGUAAAUCAAUAUCAAUCACCAGUUCCCCAUUACAAUUGCAUGUGAAAUUAACUCUUGUUGGUCAGUUGUUUAGACAGAGCUGUUGUUGAACUUAAUAAUAAUGUUAAAAAAACAAUAGCAGUAGUAUUGGCGAUGGUGUAAUAUAGUGGUAUAUUGUGUGUUUAUUAUACUGAAACUGGUACAAGGAAUUGCUGAGACCCCAGGUUGUCUGAGUUUGUGAAAGGGUACCUCUCAUUUUAAACUUCAUGUCUUACUUAUUCACAACACAAACUCUCCCAGGGACGGGUAUCAGUGUGUACAACUGCUGAAAUCAUGUUAUGUUCCAAAACCUUUUAUACGGGUCAGAGAUGUCAUUUUUACUUUAAUAAGGAACCAAUCAUUUACUGAAAGGUACAACCUGUAUCAUUUAAGAUACCGGUAUCUGUGCAGCAUUUCAAAAAUGUUUAAUAUUGUAUUUCUCUUCAAGAAUAAUGAGGAGUAGCCUGUAAUUCAAAAACUGAUAAUGUUUGGUUGAUUAUACAAAUUGUAUGGACUGUAAAAAUAGAAAUGCCAUUAAAGCAUUUGAUUUCUUAAAAAAUCA